AAUGCGAACGCAUUUCCACAACGUACAUUCGAGUGGUUGCACUUACUCGUACAAAAGAUCAUUUUGUUUGUGUUGCAGGCGAUCGAGUCAUCAGCAUUAGAAGAAAACAAAAACCAAAAAGUGUCUAAGGAAAUCUAAGAAUGUUUACAAGAUGAAUAAAUUCGUGAAAAGUUUCUUUUUGGUUUGUGUUUUUAUAAUCUCAAUAAAUCCCAGUUUCAGUGAUGAGGAUGUAGUUCAAACACAUCUGUCUAGACAUGAACUGGAGCAGGGUGGUGUACAUGAUACAAGUGUGAGGAAAAGAUUAUUAGAAACUGCUGAUCAGGUUGAGGGUCGCAGUACAGCAGAUGCUGAGGAAAAUAAUGAUAAUUUGAGAAAACAUUCAAAGCCGUUGAGAAGUAUUUUCUUGGGCAUUUACAAAAACUACAAAAGUACAUAUUUGGGCAACAAAACCUUAACGGAAUACAAACAGAACUUAAGGGAGAAAAUGAAAAAUAAACAACAGCAGCAGGACUCUGACGUCGAUGUUAAAGACGAGGAUGCUGAUAGUAAUGGUGACGGUGUUGUCACUGAAUAUCCUGUUGACGAGGAAGAAGAAAUUAAAGAAACAACAACAGAAUUUGAGCCACCAUUAGCAGUAAAACAGGAAUCCAAACACAAACUUUCACAAAAUAGAAAAGUCAAAUUGAAUGUCACACAUAUUGAGAUCAACGAGCACCAAUACAAUGUGGGACCAGCUCUAAACUUGAGCCUAGAUAUGGAUAAUAAUAUAGUCAAAGUGAACUUGGAUGGUGAAAGUAUAAAAGAACUUGUAACAGGUCGUUGGCUAAAUGACAACACCGAAGAAGGUCGUGGCAAAAAAUAUGAUAUGGUGACACGAAUCUUACCACUAUUCAUUUUGCCAUUUCUGAUACAAUCUGCAAUCGUUCCGUUUUUGGUAACGAAACUGAAGUUAUUGCUUAUGAAAUCGAUAUUGGUAGGAAAGUUGGCAAUAUUUCUACUGAUUAUAUCAGCUUUCCGCAAUAGCAACAAACAAAUGCAGACAUAUGAAGUGGCACCUUCGUAUUGGGCUGGAGAACCAAGUCGAAGGUCCGAAUUGGUAGCAGCGGCAAGUAAUAUGGCUUAUAACGGUUAUCGGGUGGAGGGUAAACCGGCCGCAUGGGUCAAUUAAUGUAGACAUUAAAAAAUGAAAUACUUUAAAAAAAAUAAAUACAAAUAAAAUAAAA